AUGAUCCAAUAUUCAGAUGUGUAACGAUAUGAAGAUAAAAGCCACAGAUCAGAGAUUAACCAACAAUUAAGAGUAUUUGCCUUUGUGGUGACUAAAUUGAGCAAAUUGGACCAAAAUAUUAGUUUCAAACAUGGAGAUGCCAUUUAGAAUUCGUACUUCAAAGUUCAGACACGUGUAUGGAAAUCCUGCCAAAAAGGAAGAAUGUUACGAGAACGUAAAAAUAACUAAGAGUACACAUGACAGUAAUUUUUGUGCCGUAAACCCUAAAUUUUUGUGUGUUGUCCCUGACACAGGUGGUGGAGGAUCAUUUAUAUGUCUUCCUCUUAAACAGACUGGUAGAGUAGAGUUCAGUGUUCCUAAAGUAUGUGGUCAUUCAGGAGCAGUAUUAGACAUAAAAUGGAGUCCCUUUAGUGAUAACAUCAUAGCAUCAUCAUCAGAAGAUAGCACAGUAAAAAUAUGGCAAAUUCCAGAUAAUCUUAACAAAAAUUUAUCAGAAUGGCAAGUGGAUCUCCACGGCCAUCAUCGGAGAGUUGGAUACAUUGAAUGGCAUCCAACAGCAGAGAACAUUAUACUUAGUGCUGGCUUUGAUCAUAAGUGUAUAUUAUGGAAUGUGGAGCAGGCCGAACCAAUCAGUGUCAUAUCCGAACAUCCAGACAGUAUUUAUUCCAUAUCAUGGAACACAGACGGUAGCUUGUUCUGCACUACAUGUAAGGACAAACAGAUCAGAGUUCUCGAUCCCAGAACCACAAGUGUUGCAAUGGAAGGUCAAGGCCAUGAUGGUAACCGAUCGUCGAAAUCAGUAUUUGUAGAUAAUAAUAGAAUAUUCACAUGCGGUAUGACCAGAACGAGUGGUAGAGAACUUGCAGUCUGGGAUAUUAGGAAGAUCAACAAUUCAUUAUUCAAGAGCACAAUUGACACAUCAAACGGAAUUCUGUUACCUUAUUACGACAGAGACAAUAGGGUUAUGUAUUUAGCAGGCAAAGGUGAUAGCAAUAUACGAUAUUAUGAAAUUGAUGACCAAUCAAAUUGUUUCUUCCUCAACGCCUUCAUGUCUUCAUUUCCACAGCGGAGUUUAGGUAUGAUGCCAAAAAGAGGCUGUGAUACAUCAAGAUGCGAAGUAAUGCGAUUUUAUAAACUCCACUCAGGCAAGGAUGUUAUAGAGCCGAUCUCAAUGAUAGUCCCCAGAAAGGCCUCCUCUCAGUUCCAUAGUGAUAUUUAUCCCAAUACAUCCAGCAUGUUACCAUCACUAACAGCUGAUGAAUGGAUAUCAGGUCAAAACAGGGAACCAGUAAUGGUGUCAAUGAUGGAUGGUCAUGUGACAAAUUGUCCUAAGACGACAUCAUCAACAGCCAUACAGAACCAACAGAAUGAUAUCAUCCAUCAGGCUCCCACCAUUACCACGUACAAAACUGUCAACAAACAGGGCAUGCCUACACGAGCUAAUACGAUAGAUGUACCGCGGAGGACAGACAAGCGACCUGCAUCACUACAGAACCUGAAGCGACUCAGUACUAAUGAAGAUUACGUAUCUUAUAGUGCUGUCAGUGAUGCUUCUGAGAACCACAAUAAUAAAAAUGGUAUGACUAACGGCCACAAGGAAGAAAAGAAAGUAACAAAGAAAGGCUGGUCCCCUGUUUCGCCAACAAAAGAUACAAUGACUAAUGGGUUUACUGGUUCUGAGCCUGAGAAAUUUCAUGUCAAGAAAGUCUGGUCAACUCCGCCUCCUUCUGCUCUUCCUUGUCAAUCACCACUUAAUGACGUGGAGUUACAGAAAGCUUACUUCCAACAAUCGGAAGAAAUGAAGAGUUUGAAAGAACAGGUGAAAUUAAAAGACAAAAGAAUAAGACAAUUAGAAGAUGAAUUAAAAAUAUUACGGACUCCGUCAGACUGUGGUCCGGGUCAGAGUGACUGCUGACCUCUGACGCAAUUCUGAUUGUAAAGUGCAAAGGUCAUUUAAUCAUGGGCUAACUGCAAGAAUCAUUUUCAUUUGCCUUGUAUGCAGAUAUUUGGACAAAAAAUGCACAACUGCAGAAUUGUGCCAGACUAGAGAUUUUUAGCUCACAAACAAAUGAGCCGAUAAGACCUGUUGUCAACGCUUGGUGUCUGAACCUGAACCAAAGAGUGCAUUCUUUGUAUUCGUUUUGUCAGGUUGAUGUCUCAAUGACAUAUACUCCACAUUUCCAGUCAUUCAUGUUUUUUAGAUUUUUUAUCUUCUCAAAAUUACUGAUCAAAUUUCAAUAUAAUUAUCAUGGUUAAAAUUUUUGGUUGAUCAUUUAAACAGAGGAAUUUGGUCAGAAUAAAAGAUAUUUGUGGAAUAACUCUCUUUAGGCAAUUAUCUUAUGAGGAGAAAAAAAUAAAUGAAAAAGUUUUACUAGCUGCAAGAUUCAUUGCUUGUAUCUGAUUAUCCUAAAUCUUUUUUUUAAUUGCAAAGGACUGGUGAUGGAGAAUGGACUUUUAAGGGUCCAAAGCGUUGCAUUGUGAGUACAUUUUUGAAAGGUCAGCAAUACAAAGUAGAUCCUCGUGUGGAAAAGAAUUGGGACAAAAAAGUAUUUUUGUGAUUUUUGCUUUUUUUGUAUCAACAUAGAAAGAGAAAAUGAUUGUACAUGUAUCAUUUGUAGCUGUAUUAUACAUAAUUAACUUAAUUUGGUAUCUGUAAAAUAUGAGCAUCUAAUUUUUUCUCUUAAACCAGAAAUUGUGUGCCAUUAAAAAUUGUAUACAGUACAAUUAUCAGAUCAUAUUUGACAGAAAUUUAUGGAUUAUGUUUAGACAACUUACACAUUGUGGCAUUUUCCCUUACAUUUCCAACAUCACAAUGCUUAUAUUAUAAAGUCAUAGUAAGAGCCAACUGUUCAAUGACAUCAUUUGUGCUAAAUGACCUCUGGUCAACUAGCAUAACUCAUUCACAAAUAAGACCUCAAAAUUGGUCUAGUUAUUUUCUGAAGAAUGGUUGUAAAGAAUUUUAGCUCCUUGAUUUUCUGAAAAAAAAUCUUUUAAGAUAAUUAUUUUGAUUCAAAAUAUACCAACUGUUUGACACAGUUUAAGUGUAUAUGGUAAAAGGGAGAUAACUCUGGUUGUGAUUAAAACUACAAGAAAUGUAUCAUAUUUUGUUGUUUUAUAUUCGUUUCUCAGGCUUUAUAUUGUUAAGUUGCUUGUUAUUUUUAUAAUUUUUCAAAAUUCCCAAUAUUUCAUUUUUAUUUAUUUUUUAUAUAAUCUAUUUUUCUGUUUUACAAUGUAUGUUGUUUUUAACAAGAAUUUUAUUUCAAUUUUUUUUUAUUUAAAAAGAAAGCACCCAAAUUUGGAUUACUAGUCAUAAUAAUGUUUUUACAAAUAUCUAGUGCUUAUUUUUUAAAAUGAAUAUUAGAGAAAAACUUCAGAUCUGACUGACUUAAUUUUAUUUUUGAAAAUGAAAAUGUAGUAUUUUAUUUUUUCAUUUUUAAAAUAAAAAAGUGUAAAGAGUCGGAUGUAUAUAUACAUGAUAUAGAUCUGUAAAAUACAAAGUUAGGAUAUAUACACAAAUACAAGUGAUUAAGUUCUAAGGGAUUCUUAGGUCAGUAAUACCUAAAGUGAAUUGGACAAAACUAAAAAUUCUAUGUUUUGCUCAAUUCAAAUCAAAACACUUUUAGAAUCUCAUAUUUAGGAUGCUUGGUUGUAACAUUUCUUACUUUUGCUUUUUAUUUAUAAGAGGCAAUGUAGAAAAAAUAUUUUCCCUGACAAUCUUUUUUAUGCCCCGCCUUAGCGGUGGGGGGCAUUAAGUUUUACCCUUGUCCAGUCCAUACGUCCCAAAAUUGGUUUCCAGUCUCUAACAUUAGUUUGCCUCAACCAAAUAUUUUGAAACUUAUUCACAAUGCUUACUACCACACAACUCAGAUCAAGUACGAAUUUGGGUAGCAUCACUUUUACCAUUCUUGAGUUAUGUUCCUUUAUAAUGUUAUAUUCAAGCGGGGGCAUCAUUUGUGUCCCAUGGACACAUUCCCCAUUUAUUUAAAUAUAUCUUUAUGACACAGCUGGCAUUUUGUUUUUUUUUGUCUUAAUCGUGAAAUGAACAAACAUUUCCCACUUUGUACAAUAUCUGUUAUUAAUUUUUCUUGAUUUUCGUUUUAUUAUGUUAAUAUUGUUUGUUGACAAAUGAACAUUUCAUUUUCAAGAAAAAUUCAAGUCAUAUAAAUAUAGAAGAACCAUACAUUGUCUUAAAAGAGUAUAAAUCAAUUUGAAUAACGCCACAAAGGAGUAGGUUCACGAAGGGUUAAAUUUGGCCCUAAGAUUUUGAUGUUUUUUUUAAUCUGGCCCAAAUACUACAAAUUUCACAUAAAAAUAGUGUGAUAUUACUAUUAAUACAAAAUAACUUCAUUUUUGUACGCCUUAAGUAUGCACUAUCAUACCUGCAAACUUUUCAAAAUGCCCAUGGGGGUUUUAUGUGCAAGAUGGGUCUUAUAAUCCUACAAAACCUUCAAGGGGGCCUUCAAAUAUAUUUUAAUGUUGUUUUUUGGCUUCUUCAUACUUUUAAAAGCCUAUAGCCAUUGUAAAAUUAAUUGUUUUGUUUAAAAUUGUGGACAAAAUAGCUCUUUCAAAAUUUCCAUUUGGGAGCCUCCAUGGGGGAAACCCCCCCCCCCCCCCCCCCCCCCCCCAAAUAGUGACAGUUGGCAGGUAUGCACUAUUUGUGUUGUAACAUCAGUUUUGUCAUAUUUUUAAUAAUUCUUAACAGUGUUUUGCAUAAUUUACUUUGGCUGCCACCCAUGAUCCAGAAAGUUUUUGUGUCUAAGGAUGCAAUAUCAUCAUUGGCAACUUUUUAUUACAGAACAUUUUGGAUCCUAGGUUGUGGCCAAGAGUUUCCUCAAGCUAUUAGGUCCGAAAAAUGCACAAAAUCAUAGUGUUUUGACAUUAUAUCCAAAAUGUGCUGAUUCUGAAGCCAAAAAUGUACUCUUGUGAAGAGAUUUAUUUUAACAAAGAAGUAAGACUUUUGAAAUAUUUUCAUUUAAGAACCAAAUUAUAGCAAUUUUGAAAUUUUAUGAUAAAGUUGAAAUUCAAGGCCAUAUUUGGCCUAAAGUGAACCUUGUCCUAUCAGGAUAUCCAUUCCAGAAGUGUUGUGAAUUAUUUUAAAAUGUAUGAUUUUAGUGUUUUCUUUCAGUUGCCUUUGAAUUAGAAACCGCAGCAGUGUAUUUGAAAAUUUGUGGGCCUCAAGUUUCUGUAAACCAACUUCAUUUUUGUGGAUACCUUUUUUUCACAUUUCGUUCUUUCUAGCCUAUUUCGCAGCAAUUUAUUUCCCUGAUUUUCCACAGUUGUUUGUGUAUUCAUUAUAGAGCAAAGGCAAAUUUUACAAAUCUAGCAAAAAUAAAUUGCUCAUGAAAAUAAGUUGGUUAAUAGAGGUUCUGCAAGUUUUAGGAAAUUUUAGGAGAUACAAUUGAUUCAUUUACUUGUUCUAUGAGUGUCUGGAUGGGGUUUCAUUUACAUAAUAGAGAAUAAUGGGCUAAAUUAACUGAAAAAUAGUGGAAAAAAAUAAAGAAUAGAGAAAAAUAGGACAAAAAACAAAGAAUUUAGAAUAAAGGGCAAAAAAAAUAAAGAAUAGAGAGAACAAUUACAUAGAAAAAUUUAAGAAUACAGAAAGAAGGACCCCAUCCAGACCCUCUUCACUUACUGUGAAUUGUUGUUUUGAAAUUGUUGCAUUGGUUAAAACAGGUACAAUGAUUGAGGAAGUUUAGACUUAAACUGCAAAUGUUAAAAAUAAACUAUAAGAUAAUCUUCUGAAUAGAGAGAAUAAAAAUAAUGUUAACUUAAAUCUAUUUAAUCCUUUUCUAGUUAAAGAUUUCAUCAAAUGCAAUCAAACACCAAUUGAAAGCUGUAUCUAUAUCUGCCAGACUUCAUCUCUAUCUUUAAGAGAAUAAACAACUUAUCUAUAAUAUAUACUCAGAUAUUCAAUUUACAAAAUGAUGUGUAUGUGAAGAAAAAUAUUUGAAUAAAAAUUUCAUAAGUUGUGCAUGGUGUAGGACUCUGGAUAUAAAUUGGUUCAACAGCAAUUAUGGACAAAGAAAGAUAACUCCAAUUCAAAUAUUGCUAAAUGCAAUGCAAUGAAAUGUUUAAUUUUAAGUUCUCAUUCCAAAAUGAAAGCAAUCUUCACCCUUCAGUGCUCACAAUGAUACUGAUUCAAUGUGCUUAUCAUUGCUUAAUGAAUUCUGUGAAUUUAUCCUGGCUGUUUGACAAAAAUGUCCAAAACUUUAUGGAUGAAAUGUGGUUGUCUUUUCUUGAAUGGUGUCAGAAAAAACAAUGUGUUAGACCCAGUUGUCACAGCAGAUCCUUUAAAUAUAUUAAAAAUAUUAAUUAAUUGAGCUAUAUUUCAAACUGUGUUUGUAAGGUCUUAUUUCAUUGGUGAACGUCAUAGUAACCAAAAAUGUAUACAUGUACAAACCUGUUUCAUGACGUCACCAGUAUGAAUUCCUACACAGGUAAAAUAGUUCCAUGGAUGUUGAUGGAAGCUUUGAUCUGGAGAUAAUUUGAUUUAUAUCUUGAGAAAUUAAGGUUAUCUAACUUUAAGUAAAAUUUUUUGGAAUUAUCAGUAAUAAAGGUUAUUUCUCUAAAAAAAAGAAAAAUCUUGCAUGGUGAAAAGAGCCCAAAUGUUUUUUGAUAUGUCUGGUCAAACCAGAAUUUUCAAGGUACAGAAAAUUUUAUUGCCAUUAAAAUUUUCAGCAAAAAUGUAUACUCAAGUAAUGCAACUGUUACUCAUUUGAACAAAUGAAGAUUUUUGUUUUUGUAUUGAAAUCUUCUUGUUAUAAUUUAUACUGAAAAAAUUCCUGUUUUUACAUCAAAUUAUUGAUCUGGUAUUUCUGAUUUUUAUGCAGAAAAUGCACAUGUAAAAUUAUUCCUUGAAACCAUCAUGUUAAGAUUCAUGGGACCAGCAAAACCAAAAAUUAAAUCAUUCCAAAAUUGCGUUGAUAUAUGGAAGUAAAAAUAUUGUAAAAAUUUCAGAAGUUAUACUAUUAAACAAUCAUUUAGAGAGGAUCCAAUCUCGGAAAAAUUCUGGAUGAUUUGAAUUCAAUUUAUUUCGAUAAUUGCAAAAGUUGCAUAAACAACAGGCACAUACCCCUGAUUUUGGGGGAAAAAAGGGGGAACCACUGGAAAGACAGCAUUAGGAUUAGGACUCGUAAAAAGUCUAUGUUUUAACAAUAUAUGUAGCUCCAUAAGGCCUUCUUCCCCCUCCCCCUAAAUCUGCCUCUGAAUAUAUUUAUUGGUUAACAAAGUACUGAUAUACUUUUGUGUACAAACAAAAUCUUGUAAAAAUAAUUAGCUUUAAAAUUUAAAAGGGGAUAUUUUCUUUGAAUGGUGUCAAGGUCAUAAGGUCAUACAGAUUAAGGUGAUCAUGUGACCUAUUAUUUGCUUAUGUGAACGACAUUGUAGAUGUGAUUAUAUUAUUAUUAUGCAAAAUAUACUCUGCUUUGAGUAGUGUUCCUUUUAUAUGAAUAUUUAAAUUUUAUCAAAAUGUUUGUAAAAACUGUGCAAAUAAAUGAGGAAAUUCUG